UUGCUGCCGAAGUGUCGGUGCUUACAGAGACAUCGACCGCCACAGCAGGGAGGAGCUCUCUUCAGAAGGAUUCAAAGAGCAUCAUCCUGCAGAACACCAGGAUCACUGCUGGGAAAACCAACACAGUGGAUAUCACCUUUGUGCCAAAAACAAUGUGGGGGAAACCGCCAACCACCAGCCAGCUGAUGUCAAAGAUAGAGCGUCGGAAGGAGCUCUUGUCCCUGGAGGUCGACUUUGAGGACCUCAUGAUGCCUUUCAGUCAGAACAUCUAGAGGGAGAAGCUGGAGCUGGCCAAAACCACAAACUAGAUUCAGAGGAGCAAGCAUGGUGUGGACAACUCAGAGAGGAGGAGAGACGCAGACAGUAAAAAAACGACCAAAGUGAGAGAGCGAGGGAGAGAGAGAGAGUGAGAGGGGGAAGCUAAUAAAAAGGAGCAGGAAACCAGACCAAACAUGGGCACAGGUGACGCACAGAGGAUACCCAGUUUCCAUAGCAACAGGCAGGUGCAAGACACUGGGAGCUAAUCUAGCAUUUUCGAUCUGCUGAGGUGAAACAUUGCAUGCAAAUUACAGUUAAAGCCCGAAGUCUGUGUGAUGAGCUACUGUAGAAGAGAGGAAUAAAGAGGAUAGAAGAGGAGCACAUUGAACCAAAAAGGAGAUACAAACAGGGAGAGAUGUUAUAUGGAAAAGGGCAAAAAGAAGAAGGAAAAUAUAAAAGCCAAGGAUAGAAUGUAAAUCAUCUCACCAUCUAAAGGCAUUAUGACAUAAUGCUAAUCGACAUUCCUAAGCUCACCCCCAAAUCCACACGCCAGAGGACUGAAAACCUGCAGCAAAGUGAACCUUGAACAUCGAUACCCAGUGUUCAGAGUCCAAUAGGCAUGAAUGGACUUCAGACUCUCGUCCCUACACAUACACAUCUAUUAAUACUGCUGCUGACGUCAAAAGUGUCCGCCAUCUUUGACGAGCGCUGCACUGCUUCCCCCCAUUGAAGAAGAAGUGAGGAGGAAUCAGCCGACGCGCAGUGCCUUUGCAGCAUCCCAGUCAUACAGAGAGAGAGGCUGGUAACGGGUAGCUGUUGAUAUACGCAGGCAUUUCCUCCCAUUCUGAGUGCGGGGCACCGACAUCAGGCACAGCCCUCCCCAAAUUCCCACUAGGAUCUUCUCUUCCCUGUUGGAGACCUUCUCCACCCCCCACAUCUAGCAGCCAUGGCAGAAGAUGCGGACAUGCGCAAUGAGCUGUCAGACAUGCAGCAACGUGCUGACCAGCUGGCCGAUGAGUCCUUGGAGAGCACUCGUCGUAUGCUGCAACUGGUGGAAGAGAGCAAAGAUGCCGGCAUCAGGACUUUGGUUAUGCUGGACGAGCAGGGAGAGCAACUGGAGCGCAUCGAGGAGGGAAUGGACCAAAUCAAUAAGGACAUGAAGGAUGCAGAAAAGAAUUUGAACGAUCUAGGGAAAUUCUGUGGUCUUUGCUCCUGUCCAUGUAACAAGAUGAAGAGCGGAGCCAGCAAGGCCUGGGGGAACAACCAAGACGGGGUGGUGGCCAGCCAGCCCGCCCGCGUGGUCGAUGAGCGCGAACAGAUGGCCAUCAGUGGAGGUUUCAUCCGCAGGGUAACAGAUGAUGCCCGAGAAAAUGAGAUGGACGAGAACCUGGAGCAGGUGGGAGGCAUCAUUGGUAACCUGCGCCACAUGGCUCUGGACAUGGGCAACGAGAUCGACACCCAGAAUCGCCAGAUCGACAGGAUCAUGGAGAAGGCUGAUUCCAACAAGACCAGGAUUGACGAGGCCAACCAGCGCGCCACAAAGAUGCUGGGCAGUGGCUAAACGCUAUAAGUUCAGAGCGUGGGCUUCCCGCGCCGCACGUCGUCAGGCGCUGACAUGCUUUCAUCAUGGUAUUGACCUUCUAGGUUUGCACACAUGCACAUAUCACCUCCCCUCCCCAUUGUAAAUGUUGUUCUGUGUGUCGUCUGUCGAGCUUUUUCAAGAUGAUUGUCCUCGUAAAAAGAUGAUUUCUUAUACUCCGUAUAUCAUUCUUUCCAAAGGUUGUAUAUAGUGCUGACUUGAUGGCUCUCUAGCUCACCUGUGAAGUUUUUAUCUCUUUAUCAAUAUAUAUAUAUCAUAUAUUAUAAAAUAUAUCAUAUAUAAUAUAUAAUAUAUAUAUAUAUUUAAAAGUACACUGCUCUGGAUGAUACGUAUAUAAUAGGAAUGCUAUACAAGCUGUUUGUUUGAUUAUUUUCCUUUUCAGUAUCUCAGUAUCGUCUUAGUAAAACUGUGUCAUUCCAUUUAGGCUACUGUCAUGCUCCUUAUUUUGGUGUUGUUAUGACAAAAGGGAGAAGAUGACGGAAAAACAUGAGUAACGAUACACUGAGCAACGAUACAGAUGUAGAGGAUUGCAAAGAGCACUUACAAUCAAAAGGCAGUUGGUACAUUUUCCUUCAUUGCAAUCAUACUGAGUUACUGUUUAGACAAUGUGCAACUAGACUCUCUGUAGCUGUAUUAGACAUUGCAUUCCAAGUGAUGUGAAUUGUGCGUUCUCUGCAUGACAAAUGGUAGAUUUUAGUCUUAUAAAUAAAACCUGUCUGAAAAAUAUAUAUAAAAAAUGAUAACAUGGCAGUAGCAAAUUGACAAAACGCAUGCUCAGUAUUAGGACACAGUUGAUCGUUCCAUACUCCUGCAAGUUUGCAAUAGUGCCACUCUUUUUGUCUCGAUAUAUUUACCGACUGUGACCAUCUCGUUGUAAAAUAAUGCAAAAGGGAUCAAAAAAGUGAGUUCAAGAUGAAAAAAUACGAGGACUUGGGGUUGUAUUGCAAAAAAUGACCUGUUUUCUAAAUGAUUAUGCAGUUCAAUGAUGACGAUGUUGACUAUGUGCUGAAAGAUGAGGACUGGUUGUGUACUGUAACAUAGGUUUUGGAUGCUCUGAAAAAAAUAAACGUUUGCAAUGUAAA